AUUGAAAGGAGCGGUUCCAAGCAGUUUGGACAGUUCCUAUCAGACGGUGGGAUGGAGCGAAUGGAUAUGUUUGAGAAGAGUGCGAGGAAAGGUCGCAGAGGUGCCUGUGUGGACGUCGGAUGUAGAAUCGACCCUCUGGACGUCGUUGCUGGCCAACUUUUGGGUCUCACUUUCUCUUUAGAGCAGACAACGCCCGUCAACAACCCUGCGCUGGCAUCAGACAAGUGUCUCUAUCCAGGAUUUUGCCACUUACACGGUUCGUCUGCUCGUCAAGUGACAGUUCGACAGCAGGCCCAAGUUUUGUUACAACAGCAAGGAGGAUUGUCGUCUAGUGCUGAGACACACAAAACAGUUGAAAUAUCACAAUCGUAAUAGCUGACCUAGUUUGCUACUCUUUUGUUUUGUAUAUAGAUCUACAUGUAGUAAUUUGUUUCCCGUUGGGCGGGAACUGAAAGAGAAGACAGUAUGAAUCUGUCUGAAUUUUUGCUGCUAGAAGCGUCAUUUGUACGACAGACUUCACGCGAUGGAUUUGGAACUGCUCUCAGUCUUACAGAGUUGUAAUGCACUAUUUAUAAAUAUACCAAAUUGGUUGUUGAUGGGA